AUGUUUGUUGGACCUAGUUUGGUUGGUAACUUGGGCCGGUCUAGUUGGAAAACGAUUAAAGAAUCCCCCUAUUUUUUGCUACAAAAAGGUCCACAACAACAAAAUAAUAAUCCAAAACGAAGUAACUCAUCAGGAUAUCGAAUAAUUACAAAAGGUUUUCCACAUUAUCGAGUCGCUGACAAUAACGACUUUAAUCAAAUUAUAGAAGCGUUUGAUUUAUUACAUCAAGAAGUUUUAUCUGGUGUAGAGGAAGACGUUGAUGAAUACGCCUCAGAUACUUCGAUUUCAGCUGAUGGAAAUUCUUCUGGAGAAAUGGAUGAUCAUGACAAUGACCCUUAUCCUUUAAUUUCGACCACAAACAACAUAAGUAGUAAUUCCUCUUCUUCCUCCUCUUCUACAAAAUCUAAUAACACCAUAAUCAAUGAGAAAGCAAAUGCCUUACCUUCUAUGGAUCAAGAAUCUCUUAGUCAAUCUCCUGAACGAUCUGAGUUUCCUGCAAAUCAUUCCGAUUAUCCCGAUUCUGAUAGUUCUGAUGGUGAAGCUGCCAUCGAUGAAAAUGUUGAUGCUGAAAAUGUCGACCAUACUGGUGUUAAUCAUGUAGAUGAAUGGUUGUCUUUAGGAAGUUCUUUAAUGGAUUCGUUAAUGGGUUGGUUAGAAGUUCCUCCAGUUGAAGGGGUCAUUUCAGUUCAAAAACAACAUAAUGUUGCUACUUAUGCUUCAAACAAUAAAAAUCAGACAAUAUUGGAUAUUCCAUUACAAUUCAUAGAUUUAUUAACUUAUCCUGAAAUUGAUUCAAAAGCUUCAAAAAAAGCUUCUUUUGCAGCUGUCAGGCAAAGAAUUGGCUGGGCAAAACAAUGGGCUGGCUCUCUUUUUCACGCUACUGCUAUACAGAGUGGUAGUUUAAGUGACACAACCCAUUGUGGUUCCGUAGUCGCAAAAACUUCAAAAAGAGGUGUCUUUUUUCGUAAAAGUGCCCAGAUAGCUUCCUCUUCUCAUACAAAAGAUGGCUGCUUAGAGCGUUUGAAUGGAAAUGUGACUCAUGCUGAAUCAAUUUCAUUUAAUGGUUUGCAAUUCGAUUCUACAAAAUCUUCUUUACCAUCUUCAACAAAUACAUCUUCAAUUAUAUCCACUGGCAGCGCAGCAACGCAGACUUCCAUAAGUAGCCAUGCCAUAAAAAUCAUCCAGCCAAUAAGCUAG